CUGAGCGCACGCCGAGCCCGUCCGCCGCCGCCAUGGCCACCACGGUGACCUGCACCCGCUUCACCGACGAGUACCAGCUCUACGAGGAUAUUGGCAAGGGGGCUUUCUCUGUGGUCCGACGCUGUGUCAAACUCUGCACUGGACAUGAGUAUGCAGCCAAGAUCAUCAACACCAAGAAGCUGUCGGCCAGAGAUCACCAGAAGCUGGAGAGGGAGGCUCGGAUCUGCCGCCUGUUGAAGCACUCCAACAUCGUGCGUCUCCAUGACAGCAUCUCUGAGGAAGGCUUCCACUACCUCGUCUUUGACCUGGUCACAGGUGGGGAGCUCUUUGAGGACAUUGUGGCGAGGGAGUACUACAGUGAGGCUGAUGCCAGUCACUGCAUCCAGCAGAUCCUGGAGGCGGUUCUCCAUUGCCACCAAAUGGGGGUCGUCCACAGAGACCUCAAGCCUGAGAACCUACUUCUAGCCAGCAAAUGCAAAGGUGCUGCAGUGAAGCUGGCUGACUUUGGUCUGGCCAUCGAGGUGCAGGGGGACCAGCAGGCAUGGUUUGGGUUUGCUGGCACACCAGGGUACCUGUCCCCAGAGGUCCUUCGGAAGGAGGCUUAUGGCAAGCCUGUGGACAUCUGGGCGUGCGGAGUGAUCCUCUACAUCCUGCUCGUGGGCUACCCGCCCUUCUGGGACGAGGACCAGCACAAGCUGUACCAGCAGAUCAAGGCUGGAGCCUACGACUUCCCCUCCCCCGAGUGGGACACUGUCACUCCUGAAGCCAAAAACCUCAUCAACCAGAUGCUCACUAUCAACCCGGCAAAGCGCAUCACGGCCCAUGAGGCUCUGAAGCACCCAUGGGUCUGUCAACGCUCCACGGUGGCCUCUAUGAUGCACAGACAGGAGACUGUGGAAUGUCUGAAGAAGUUCAAUGCCAGGAGGAAGCUCAAGGGAGCCAUCCUUACCACCAUGCUGGCCACUCGGAACUUCUCAGUGGGCAGACAGACCACCGCUCCUGCCACAAUGUCCACCGCCGCCUCCGGUGCCACCAUGGGGCUGGUGGAGCAAGCCAAGAGUCUACUGAACAAGAAGGCAGAUGGAGUCAAGCCCCAGACGAACAGCACCAAAAACAGUGCGGCAGCCACCAGCCCCAAGGGGACGCUGCCUCCUGCAGCCCUGGAGUCCUCUGACAGCACCAACACCACCAUAGAGGACGAAGACACAAAAGCCCGCAAGCAGGAGAUCAUCAAAAUCACGGAGCAGCUCAUCGAGGCUGUCAACAACGGCGACUUCGAGGCCUAUGCGAAAAUCUGUGAUCCAGGCCUGACCUCCUUUGAGCCCGAAGCUCUGGGCAACCUGGUAGAAGGGAUGGACUUCCACAGAUUCUACUUUGAGAACUUGCUCGCCAAGAACAACAAGCCAAUCCACACCACCAUCCUGAACCCGCACGUGCACGUGAUCGGCGAGGACGCGGCCUGCAUCGCCUAUAUCCGCCUCACGCAGUACAUUGAUGGGCAGGGACGGCCCCGCACCAGCCAGUCAGAGGAGACCCGCGUGUGGCACCGCCGUGACGGCAAGUGGCAGAACGUUCACUUCCACUGCUCAGGCGCGCCCGUGGCCCCACUGCAGUGAAGAGCUGCCCACCAGUGGUCUCAUCCUGAUGGAGUUGGUGUUUGGAGCCAAGCCGCCCUUUGGGGUGCACGGCCUGCCUGUCGCAUGUUCGUGUCUGCCUCAUCCCCUUCCCUGGUGCCUGUGUCUGCAGAAAAACCAAGACCAGAUGUGAUUUCUUUUUACAAACUAAAUGACGACAACCACACACAAAAAAAAUUGACAUCGGAUGAAAUGAAAAAAAAAAAAACAAACUAAACAGAAAAAAAAUCUGUAGAAAUCACUGGCGUUUGUGGGGCUUUGAAACCAACCAGCCACUCCCCCCACAGCUCCACGUGUGUGUCCGUCCAGUGCCUCGGCCUGCAGUGACCAGGUGGGGCAGUGAAAUUGUCCACAAGGCUCCACCCCCUCUGCUGACCCGUGUUGAAUGGUGUUAGUUUGUUAGAUAACACACACACCCCCCACAAACAAACCAAGGCAUUUGCAUUCUCUCUGCCAGUGCAUGGGCCUCUGCAGUGGUGUGCUUACAAGUGGCUGUCAUGAGCUGUCAGGCAUCUUUGGGGAUGGGGCCAUGGAUGUCCCUCUGGGCCUACCCUCCUUUCUCUGCUAGUCGUGCCUGAGAGUUGCUAUUGUUCCUUCCUGCUUUUUCUUUCUUCCCUUCUGCCCAUCGUCCUUUUAGCCCUGUGAAGGGAUGGGUGUGGGGCUCCCCCCCAUGCCCACAUUCCCAUCCCCAGCCAUGGAUGAUGAAUGCCAGCAAAGGGCCAGGCCAGUCCCUCAGCCCCUGGAGCUGGCAUUCCUGGCUGGGCCUUGGAUGCUGCCACCCUCUGGGAGGAUGAUGGAGACACAGUGGAGGAAACCAGAAGCGACUGGGGACUCUGCCUUGGGCUUGACCCAGCCCUCAAGACCAUCCUAGAAGACCCCAAUCAGCUCUGGUCUUUUCUCAGAGGCCAGUGAGGUGCAAAGCAGGUGCACUUUCGUUUCAGACUUUGUAUCUGGCUGAGGCAGGCCAAAAUGACAUGCCCACUGUGGAGGCCUCAGCCUGGGGCUGGCCCCCUCCCUUCUCAGGCCAGGCCCCCCCGGUCAGCCCCACCACAGCCUGGAAGCAGACACGAGGAAGGACCAUGGGUCUUAUGCCAUGACGAAGCUGGAGGGGGCCGGGCAGUGUUUGCAGUGGGUGAGCUGCAGGGCUCCAGGCUUGUGUUGUGUGAUGCAGGAAGUAGCAGAGGGGACAGAAGGCAUGGAGACAGGUGGCUCUGGGGCCACCUAGGCCGAGGCAGGGUCUGGACAAGUGUUUUCUGAAGUAGGAGCGUUUGUGGUUAUCUAGGCCUGGAAGCAGAGGGAGGAGGACCUGGAGCUGUUCAAAAGCCAAGGCUGGAGCCCUGGAGCACAGCACAGGAGGUUCAGUGCAGGAAUUAGCAGGCAAGAAUUAGUGGGACUGACCAAAGCAGGCACUGAGGGUGUUGCUCCCCCAGCCCAGGCCAACAGUGCCCAGAGCUGGGGCCUGACUGCUGGGCCCUGGUGCAGUGUGAGCCUGUAGGGAGAUGAGUUGGCAGCACCUUCCAGCCAACCCUGGAGGCAGCAGGGACCCAGCAGUGGGCGAGAAGGCAGGCUGUGGGCAGGGAGAAGAGUAGUCAGAUGGCCUGGCCCCCUUGGAGACCAAGGCAGGCACAGUGUGAACACUUGGGAGCAGGACCCAGUAACUAGGACUUGAGGGAUCCAGGGGGCAUGGCUGUGCCCACAAGCUGCCAGUUGGCUUGUGAGGCAAGGUGACAGGAGGGUGGGAGAGGAGCCUGUGUCUCCAUGGCUGUAUGUACGUCUGUAGCUUACUGAGCACAGCUGUGAGCACUGGGUGCCUGGUGUGGUGGGAGGGCACCACGUGGUGCAGGAGAUCAGACACUUCUAGAGAAGCGCUCAAGGGGUUGGCCAGAUGAGGUGCCAGGGAGGAAGAGGCCCUGGGGAGGACCCUGCCCAACACCAGCCACCUUCAAUUCAGGUUGCCCUUUCAACAAGGACUUUAUCUUCCCCCCACAACUCAAGCUAAGGGAGGGACGUGGAAUGGGGAGCAGGCCCAGGAUCCCACACUCAGGGGGUUGCCCGUCGAGGGACACUCAGAGUAGACACCCAUUGUGCCAUCCACACUCUGCUCAGGAUGGCCAGCACCCAGGCCUUCCCUCCGUGGACACAGGGUAAACAUCUCCAGGCUCCAUGAGCGUGAGGCCCUGGGCGGGGCGGCAGCCACCUCUGCCACUGCUCCCAUUGUUACCGCAGAGCCGCCUGUCUGGGAUCAUUGGUGUUUUUUUUGUUUUCCUUUUUUCUGGGGACAGUUCUUUUGCAUGACCUCUAAGGAGAACCACACCCCGCAUUGCUACUAGGUGUCCGUGCGUGGCCCGCCCGGCUGCGGGGGCGUGCGGAGGCUCGCUGGCCGCCCCCAUGCCGGUGGACCUUCCUCCCUCCUCUUUUUGCUGAGUUUUAUUGUCUUUUCUUUCUGAGCCUUGUAAGUGUACAAAAAUUCUUAUUUUGUUCUGUCUCGGGAAACUGCAAAUAAAAACAGGACAAACUGCUUCAUGUGCAGCUGGGAGGUUUGUGACAUGACCUGCUGACCCCACUCCACCUCAGACUCAGAACCCCUGUGGUGGGGCCCCA